GGUUGUGUAUAAGCCUUUUUUAACAAGAGCAUUGGCCCUGGUAUCACUGCAAUACAGAUGCGUUUUAAUCGACAGGGGAAUUUCAGUUUAGACUAGAGAUGAUGAAAGUAGCGCAUCAUCAACACCUGCUAGGGAUUGGAAAAGUUGUGUAGACUGGUCUUCAAGACCUGCUCAAACACAUUGGCAUCUGGUAAAAGGAACAACCUGUGUGCAGUUGGAAGUUUCUAUAAUGAUGUUCAGAAAAGAAGCUCAUCAGAUGGCAAACCUGCGAAAACAAGUGUCAGGGACGGUCCCUCUUUGGAACACUUCAUGUCUAUAUAUAAGACCAGGCCUCAGUCACAGAAACAUGAUCUGGUCUCUGAUGUUCCCUUCAUUGAUGAGUCUGACUUGCAGGGCAGAGGCAGGAAAGUGUAUUUUGAUGUACAUGGGUGCCAGAUGAACACCUCAGAUACAGAAAUAGCAUGGUCAGUACUGCAGAGUAAAGGAUUCGAGAGGACUACAGAUAUAAAAGAGGCCGCCAUUGUACUGGUGAUGACAUGCGCCAUCAGGGAGGGGGCAGAACAGAAGAUCUGGAACAAGCUGCACUACCUGGCCCGACUGAAGAGGACACUGCCACUGAAGAAAGGGGGACACAGGCUCAAGAUUGGCAUACUCGGCUGCAUGGCAGAGAGGCUGAAGUCUCAGAUCCUGGAGCGUGAGAAGGGAGUCGUGGAUCUAGUGUGCGGACCAGACGCCUACAGGGACCUGCCACGCCUCCUAGCCAUCACUCACAAUCAGCAGACCGCAGUGAAUGUGCUGCUAUCACUAGAGGAGACUUACGCUGAUGUGAUGCCAGUAAGGCUCAACGAGGGAGCAGUGAGCGCCUAUGUGUCUAUCAUGCGAGGCUGUGACAACAUGUGUGCCUACUGUAUUGUGCCCUUCACACGGGGCAGAGAGAGGAGUCGACCUAUAGACUCCAUCAUGGAUGAGAUAAAGAUGCUUUCAGAUCAGGGUGUCAGAGAAGUGAUCCUGCUGGGACAGAAUGUGAACAGCUACCGUGACCUCUCUGAAUCCCAGUUCUAUGGUGUACCAGACCCUGCCCCGCCCACCCCACUCAGGGAGGGGUUUCUGACCGUGUACAAGGCCCGGUCGGGGGGACGGAGGUUUGCUGACCUCCUUGACAAAGUAUCCCGCAUAGACCCUGACAUGAGGAUAAGAUUUACUUCACCGCAUCCCAAAGACUUCCCAGAUGAGGUAUUGGAGCUGAUACGUGACCGUGACAACAUCUGUAAUCAGCUUCACCUGCCGGCCCAGUCUGGUAACAACACCGUGCUAGCGGCCAUGAGGCGGGGGUACACUGUGGAGGCUUACAGAGACCUGGUUGCCAGAGUCAGGGAGAUACUGCCGGAUGUUGCAUUGACUAGUGACUUCAUCAGUGGCUUCUGUGGUGAGACGGAAACCGGUCACCAGGAAACACUAGCCUUGGUGAGGGAUAUUGGCUACACUAUGGUGUUUGCCUACCCUUACAGUAUGAGAGAGAAGACACAUGCAUACCACCGCCUGCAGGAUGAUGUUCCAGAGGAUGUAAAGGGUCGCCGUUACCAGGAACUGCUGCAGGUGUUCAGGGAGGGGGCGGGGCAGGCAAACAUGGCACAGAGAGGUCACCACCACCUGGUUCUUGUAGAGGGGGAGAGUAAGAAAGGGCCAGGCACUCUGUUUGGCAAGAAUGAAGCUGGAAUCGCAGUUAUCUUUCCUGCUACUGAUGUACCACAUGGUAGCACUGUACAGACGCCUGUUCCCGGGGACUAUGCAGUAGUUAAGAUCACAGACUCGACCGCACAGACAUUAUUUGGUGACUGUGUCAGCCUGACUUCAUUGAAAGAAUUCAAGAACUCUUCAUCUGAAAGGACAUUACAUUCGCAGUUAGACUGACCACCAUGGUUGACCAGUAGAUUAGUGGUAUCUCUGUAGUAUUUGUCACCGUUUUUGUGUGAUUGUUUUUUUUGCGGUUUUCAAUAAUAUAUCAUUCCUAUUGUC